AUGAUAGUACACGUAGAGGAAGAAAUAUCCAGCGUUCCUGAGAGCAAAAACUCCCGAGAGAGUUAUGUUGAUGUUGUGGAUUUCCAACCACCUGCGGAUGUGUUUUCCCAGAAAAUCACCGAGUCAGUAAAUGUAUUGGUGAAUGACGGAUCAAGUUUAGGGGCUCAUACAAUUGAUCUGGUUACGCCCCCGAAGUCAGCUUCGGAGGUAGUCAGGUUGCCAACGCUAGAAUCCAAAAGAUUCUUGCGAGAUCUGCGUAGCAACAAGAUCAAGCAGAUCUGCGUACUCGUCACAGAGGACGAGUACGACGCCGAUAUUCGGUCGGCACAAGUGUUUGCUGUGAACGAACGGUUUCUCAGUAGAUCAUCGAUGGACGAGAGUAAUCUCUUUUAG